AUGGCGGCAUCAAGUGAACUUCUCUCUGCGUGCACGUCCCCGCUGCUGUCAGCGCAUCUGUACAUCGAAUCAGGAGCCUCUCCUACGUGCGCGUCCCCGCAGCUGCCAGGGCGCACUUCGCACUCCCCAGUCAGCGCGGCCCGAAUCAUGGAGAAGGCGGAGUCAGAUCAGUCGACGAGGAAACCCCGCGGUCGCCCGAAGGCUCCUCACAGACGUGGCUCCAGGGAGGACCUUGAUGUGUCGGUGGUGUUCCCGGGCCUGGUGACCAGAGAGAGCUGCUGCCGCUUCACCUGCGAACUUCUGAAGCACAUCCUGCACCAGAGACACCAACUGCCCCUCCCGUAUGAGGAGCUGCUCCGCACUCACCAGAGGCAACAGGAGGGAGAGGUCAUCAGAAAACCAAUAAAAGAAGUAUCGGAUUCCCGCCAGUGUCAGCGUUCUCUGUCAGCCUUGGAGGAGCUGCUGGUCCAGCUGGAGACUUUGUUCACUCUGACUGCAGUUCCUCAGGUCCUUCUGCUGCUGGGAGGAACUGCAAUGGUCCCCAAGGAGAUGUAUUUGAUCGACAUGGAGGGCGUACAGAUGGGCAACGGAGAGGAGAGCCUGAGCACGCGGCCUUGUCUCCGGCAGCUUUUCCACGCUCUCUUCCUGGCUGACCCGUUCAGUGAUCUCCGGUCCACCUCCCCCAUGAACGUGUCCAUAAUGGUGCAGGGACACAGGGACUGCGGCACAGAGUGGUUCCGGCCUAAACUAAACUACAAAGUGCCCAUCCGGGGCCACACACUGACAAUCAGAAUGUCCUGCAGUUCAUCACAGACCCCCACCACCGCCUAUAGCAAUGAGGAGUACAUCUGGUUCCAGGCACCCAUCACACUGAAAGGAUUCCAUUACUGAGACCCUUCCUUAUGAUCUCUCAUACCAAAGACUGACAAUCCAUUGUGUGCCUUGGGGGUGUACCAUACAUUAAUAAACCUCAGGAGGCUCCACCCAGCCUCGACUUUUCAGGACCUCAACAUGACUUUCACGUGUGGUGUAAUGCACUUUUACUAUUAGGCAACUCAUGAGACGUCAACAU